AUGAAGCUCGCUGCCAUCUCCGUCGUCCUCUUCCUCGCGCUCCUCAACUCGGUGACUUCGAAUGGCGACGGUUCUGUGUCACCUUUGCCUUCAGAGAAGGAACCAGAGUUCGGGUACAAGCAAGGGACGAAGACAGGACCAGACAACUGGGGAAGAAUCCGCAACGACUGGAUCACCUGCGGGAAGGGCAAGUCGCAGUCUCCGAUCGACCUGCGCGACAAGAUGGUGCGGCGUCUCCCGCGGCUGCGUCGGUUUCGGACCUCCUACGUCCCCGCCGACGCCGCCAUCAAGAACCGCGGCCACGACAUCGCGGUGAUGUGGAACGGCCACGAAGCCGGAGGCAUCACCAUCAACGGAACGGAGUACAAGCUGAAGCAGCUACACUGGCACUCACCGUCGGAGCACUCCAUCAAUAGACGCAGAUUCUCCUUGGAGAUGCAUAUGGUUCAUCAGAGUGCCGACAAUAAGACCGCGGUGGUCGGCUUCCUCUAUAAAACUGGCCCUCCUGAUCCAUUUAUCCACAAGUUGGAGAGAUCCAUCGAGAAGGUCAAGGACAAGCAAGAUAAGGAGGAGGAGUUGGGAGCAGUUGACCCAAGCCAUGCAAGCAGGAGGAUGGGGCAGAGGUACUACAGAUACAUGGGCUCUCUUACCACUCCCCCUUGUUCUGAAGGAGUCAUUUGGACCAUAUUAAGGAAGGUGAAGACUGUGUCAAAGAAACAAUUGAGACUACUAAGACGGGCUGUUGAUGAUGAUUAUGAGAACAAUUCAAGACCUCGGCAGCCGAUUAAUGGAAGACUUAUUGGAUUGUAUCGCCCUCCUAAACAUGAAAAUUAG